AUGAAAAACUCCAAAAUUGUGGGAGGACGGCUAAAACUCAAGGGUGUCGCGAUAUCAAAACAUUCAAAAAAGAAGUCAAAAUCCUCAGCUGAAUCAGGAUUGGAUCCACCCCCCACCAACGUAGAGAGCCAGCAAGCACCUGAGCCUGGAAGUGGACGUCUUGUUACGACUGGCACGACUGUCCAGGGAUUUGAGACUAAAUUCAAGGAGGAGAUCGAAGUGGGCGAUGCAAUUAUUUUGUUUCAUCCCUCAUUGUUGAUUGAGGAGGAGCGAAUUGUUGUGGGAGUUCUAUCGCAGCGCUCGCUUACGCUGCACGAAAAGUUCUCGAAUGAUAUCGCGAGCACAACCGCUUAUAAAAUACGAAAGGAUAGCACUUUGCUGCGUCAAAAAGCCGGGGAAGCUCUUGCAACGAACGAAGGAGCCUCAUCAGGAAGUCAGACGACGCUCCAAGACGAGAUUUCGCGGCAGUUACAGAAAAAAUUAGACAAUACCAGACAAACGUUUCGUUAUCGUGAGAAAACCGGAAUGUGGGGGUAUCGCGUUGUUACUGGAGAAGCUGAGAAGAAUUUAAGCGCAGAGGAAUUGUUGGAUAUGCGUGUUAAGAAAAUGGGCAGAGACAAAUUCUGCUGGUAG